AUGAUUAAUCGAAAAUAUUUUAGAGAACAAUUAAUAGGAUAAAAAGUAAUUAAUUAAAUAAAUAUAUAUAUAUAUAUGUAUAAUAUAUAUAUAUAUUAAUAUAUAUUUAUUUAUUCUUUAUAAAUAAAUUAAAAAAAGGAUUUAAGAUAAUAUUUAUUUGAACCAAUGAAUGUUUAUAUGUUAGUAGCAAAAAGUAAAACCACUCAAUAAAUUAAUUAUUAAAAGUAUUUAAGAUUAUUUAUUAAUGCUUUAAAUUAAACUAUAGAUUAAGAUUAAGACUUUUUUUCUCUUUAGAAUUUUGAAACUAAUGAUUAUCUAUAUUUUAUAGAACAAAAUAAGCAAAAUAUGAUAUAAUAAAAUAUCUUAAAUAUGUAAAAAUUGGACUAAAUUCUAAUAAAUCUAAUAGAAACGAUAAAAACUUAAUUUUUAAGUAAAUGGUCUUUAUAAUUCAUAUUUAUUUUUGUGUCUUUUAUAUUUAUAUAUCCUUCUCUUCUGUAAUCAAAUGUUAAAAUACACGAUUCAUUAGUUCUUUUUACUAAAAUAUCCCUUAAAGAUAUCGAUUUUUAUUCAGAACAUUAUAAAAGGAUAUAUUUGUGUUUAAAUUCUAUUGAAAAUACAUCUUCUUAAACAAAAGAAGUUGAAAAAAUUGUUCUAAACGAAAAAAUUAUGUAAAAUUAAAAUAAAAAAAUGUAAGAUUCAAGAUCCGUAAAUAGAACAAGGUUAUAUAAAGGCGUAAAAAUUAAUAAAAUCAAUUACUUUCUUAAAAUUUUUGGAAUUGCCUUAUUUUUUCUUACAUUUGUGGCUUUAAAAGAUUAUCCAAUAUUUUUAUAUGUUGAAGAUAUGGAAAUUUUGAAAAAUUUACAUAUAAAACAGCAUAAUUUAAUGAAUAAUCAUACUUAUUAUAGUCUCUAUUAUUUUGACUUAUUAAAAUAUAUAAUCGAUAAUUACUAAGAUUAAUAAAUUGAAGAUACUUAUUAAUAGUUUAUUUAAUACAAGCAGAAAAAUGCAACAGAUAUACUUAUGGAAAAUUUCUUGUUUUUUGGAAAAUUAGAUAUUUAAUAUUAAACUUUUGUAACUAAAAUUAUGAAUGAUAAUAUUUGUUUAAAUGUCAUGCAAUUUAAUUAGUAUUUUUUUUUCUUUAUUAAUUUUUAUUUUAUUUUUAAUUAGAAAUACUAUUUAAUAUAAAAUAUGUGA